AUGGCUUUUGAGGCGUUUUCGGUUUAUGAAAGAAUGGGGGAAGAUGGGUUUGAAUUAGGGGUGAUGGACUAUAGGAACUUGGUGAAUGGGUUGUGUAAGAAUGGGUUUGUGAGAGGAGCGGAAAUGUUUGUUUCAAGGGUUGUGAAGGUCGGGUUUGGGUUGGAUGUUUAUUUUUGUAGUUCUUUGGUUUUGGGGUAUUGUAGGAGAGGUGAGAUGAAAGAGGCGUUUCAGGAGUUUGAUGUUUUGUGUGAGAGAGAUGGGUGUGGUGUAAAUGAAGUGACUUUUACGGUUUUGAUUCAUGGGUUGUGUGAAAGAGGGAAAGUAAGUGAAGCGUUUAGGUUGAAGGAAGUAAUGGGUGAGUUUGGAUGCCGGGCUAGUAUACGGACGUAUAGUGUACUUAUUAAAGCAAUGUGCGAUGCGGGGUUGAUUGAUAAGGCUAUGUGUUUGCUUGAUGAGAUGAUGAAUAAUCAAAAUGAUCCGAAUGGUCAUACUUUUACAAUAUUGAUUGAUGGAUUAUGUAAAACAGGCAGGAUUGAGGAGGCUAAUGGGAUGUUUAGGAAGAUGAUGAAAAAUGGAUUGAUUCCAGGUACAGUUACUUUUAACGCGCUGAUUAAUGGUUACUGCAAAGAUGGAAGGGUUGUCACAGCUUUUGACCUACUCGCCAUGAUGGAAAAAAGAAACAGUAGGCCAAAUAUUCGUACAUACAAUGAACUUAUGGGAGGAUUGUGUAGGAUUGGUAAGCCUUACAAAGCUAUGGCAUUAUUAAGAAAGAUAAUUGAUAACGGUUUGUGGCCCGAGACCCUAACUUAUAACAUAUUGGUUGAUGGGUUCUGCAGGGAAGGCCAACUUGAUAUGGCUUUUAGGUUACUAAAGUCAAUGGAUAGACUUAACCUUAAAUCAGAUGGAUUUGCUUAUACGACAGUUAUUGAUUGGCUUUCCAAAGAAGGAAAACUGGAUCAAGCAAAUGGAAUAUUGGGUCUAAUGAUGAAGAAGGGAAUAGAUCCUGAUGAAGUCACAUUUACUGCUCUUAUUGACGGGUGCUGCAAGAAUGGUAAAACAGAAACUGCAGUUAUGAUUCUCAAUGAAAUCAUCCGGUCAACAAAUUUUUCUUUGACGGGUCCUCACAUGUUCAACUCUCUAAUUGAUGCUUUUGGUAAAGAUAUGAAAUUGGGUCAAGGAAAUGCAAUGUUAGGUAAGAUGUUGAAGCAUGGCAUUACUCCUUCUGUGGUGACCUACACUAUAUUGAUUGAUGGGUUCUGUCGAACAGGUGAUAUUAACCGAUCUUUAGAAGUUUUUGAGUUAAUGAAGGGUUGUAAUUGCCCCCCAAACGUGUUCACAUACACAGUUUUGAUUAAUGGGUAUUGUCAAAAUGGCAGAGUGGAAGAAGCAGAGAAGCUUCUUCAAACCAUGAAGAAUACGGGUGUAUCUCCAAAUGUAAUUACAUAUACCAUACUGAUUAAAACGUAUGUUAAAUCAGGUGAUUUGAAACACGGGUUUGAAAUCUUGAAUGAUAUGGUAAAAGAUAAGUGUCAACCAAAUCAUGAAACUUUUUCAGCAUUACUUGAAGGAUUAAUUCUCUCUAAAAGUGUUAACAAUGGUUCUUUUACUGUGUUUAAAAAUAUGGGUUAUACUCAUGCUGCUGAAUUCCUUCAAAAAUCUGGGGAUAGUGGUGUUGGGGAAUCAGAUCUUUAUAAUUUCUUGAUAACGGGAUUGUAUAAAGUGGGACGAAUACAUGAAGGCGAUGAAUUAGCUCAAGAAAUGGUGAAAAAUGGCUACUUUCCGGAUAUCUCUGUGUGUUCUCAGAUCCUGGAACAUUUGUGUAGGGUUGGGAAAUUUGACCAGUGUGUACUGAUGAUGAAAGAGAUGUUUGAUCAUGGACUUAUGCCAUCUUUUGCGUCAUAUUGUUCAUUAGUUCAUGGUUUUCAAAAGGAAGGAAAGGUUCAGGAAGUUCAAAGUUUGAUGUCUGAUCUUUUGUGCAAAGCUUGUGUUGAAGACCGAGAUGGAGUGCCAGCGUACAUGAAGUUUUUGGUAGAUUUUGAUGAACAUGAUGAAUGCCUCGAGCUUCUUAGAGUUGUUGAAGAACGGAACCAUCAAGGGAGACUUGUAAUCUAGUGGGAAUGGUGGCCACCCAAUGUGAGUAUAUUCUUUUACUUAAAUUUAACCGUCACACACUUCAAACGUAGAAUUGUGAAUGUUUCUCUAACAUGGAAAUGUUGGUUUCACUGAUGUGUAUUUGGAAGUGUAGAAAAACUUGUAUGUCUGCACUCUUUC